AUGGAGACAUCAAUCGAGAUUGACCCGGCUUAUUGUGACCUUGGACGCGACGACUAUGUAGAUAGUGACUUCGCUUCUGAAACAACCUCUCUAGCAUCGUCCAUCUACCGGGGAGUGUUCGAAAAUGGAAGACGCUAUCAAACUGUGAGGGAGGGUGGAUCUUGGUGUCCGUCCGACGAGCAGCAAUUUGAGAGCUUAGAGGCAGCUCACCUCCUCUGUAUACUCCUAGACGCCGAUACCGACAACCCACUCUUCCACGCACCAGUGACAGAUCCCAAGCAAAUCCUGGACAUCGGCACAGGCCGAGGAAAUUGGGCCAUCGAUGUAUCCGACAUGUUUCCAAAGGCAACCGUCAGAGGCGUAGACCUCUUCCCCCCACCAGUAGACUGGCUCCCCCCAAACUGCAUCAUGGAAGUCGACGAUGUCCUACAGGAGUGGACCUGGCGCAAACCCUUCGACCUAAUCCACAUGCGCCAGCUAAUAGGCGCCUUCACGCCUGUAGAAUGGGACUGUGUAUUCACACAGUGUUACAAAAACCUAAAACCAGGCGGCUGGCUCGAACAAAUAGAAGGCGACCCUCGAAUCCAAUGCUCAGACUCCAGCAUGCCCACAAACUCCAGCAUGGUCCAGUUCACGGAAGCGGUGUUCCGCGCCGGACAGGAAUGGAAUCACCCCCUCGAUACGCUGGACACGAUGCGCACCGCGAUGGAAAAGGCCCGCUUUGUCGAUAUCCACGAGAAGACGUAUAGGUGGCCUAUUGGGCCAUGGGCGCGAGAUCCUACACUCAAAGAAGCGGGGAGGUUGCAUUAUCAUCAGUGGACGGCUGGUAUGGAGGGUUGGGGGAUGUACCUUCUUACUAAGUUUGGGGUUCCGACGCCGUGGACGAAGGAAGAGGUGCUAGUUCUGUUGGCGAGGGCUAGGAAGGAGUUGCAGGACCCGCAUAUUCAUAUGUGGCAGCAUGCGAAGAGGGUUUGGGGGAGGAAGCCUACGGCGGAGGAGGUGGAGGGGAACGUGAAGAUUGAGGUUGAUGUUCAGCACUAUGGAAUGUAG